AUGAAGUCUCUGUGUUUCCUUGCCACUUUGAUAACUGUAGCUGUCGCAUCCCUGCCUGUUGGAGCUGUAGAGGUCAACAAGCGACUUCUUGGUUUACUAGGUGGAGAAGAUGAUGGUGGACUUGUUGGCGGUCUUGUCGGUGGAGAUGGUGGACUUGUUGGUGGCCUUGUAGGGGGAGAGGGUGGACUUGUUGGUGGUCUUUUAGGAGGAGAAGGUGGACUUCUUGGCAGCAUUCUUGGGGGAGAAGGAGUUCUUGGAGGUAUUCUUGGACUAAAGGCUGAUAUUCUAGCUAAUCUUAUAAAUACAGCAACUGGUCUGGCUUCGGGAAUACUGAAGGGAGUUCUUGAUCUUCUCGCGAGCCUUACUCAAGGUUUGGAAGGAAAGACAACUGAACCGGAGAUAUAUGCCGUAUUUAGGCAACACAAGAUCGCUGAAUUGUGUCCCCUGUGUGGACAGCUUCCCAAGAUUGAACUGCAAAAUGCUUGCAAAAAAUUCUGCGCUGAGCAGAACUGGAGAGCUGGGUAG